GCGGGACACUUCAUAAAAGGGACAGUGCGUCGUUUUCGCGGACUAGUAGUGGACAGGAGCAGACGGAGAGCAAGAACGUAUUUAUUGGGAAUACCCGCGGAGUUUAUGUUGAGUAGUUUUGAGAUUCACAAGACAAUAAAAAUGAAAUCUCCAAAGUUGAAGUCUCAAGGCAAAUUUAUUUCAGCUAUAUUCCCUGAGGAGGAGGAUGAUCUGUCUGACGUGCUGUGUGAGUUUGACGCGGUGAUCGAGGAUUUUACGUCGCCGGUGGAAAAAAGACACUUCCGCUACGACGAGCACCUGAAGACAGCGAAGAGACGCAGCAGCGCCAGCGUCAGUGACAGCGGCAUCAGCGACUCGGAAAGUGCUGAGUCACUCAACAGGAACAGCUUCAGUUUCAGUGAUGAGAGAUUGAACUCUCCCUCCCUCACCACUACCCCAUCUCUGACGUCACCCAAAGCUAAACUGGGAGACACUAAAGAACUGGAGGACUUCAUUGCUGACCUUGACAAGACAUUAGCCAGCAUGUGACAUAGAGCCCAAUCAAAGUGACAGAGACCCUUUUUGGAGAGUUGCCAUCGAGAGGAGGGGACUGCCUGUCCAGACACCCAGGCGCCCCCCCAACAAACACACACCACACACCACACCCACACCCACACCCACACACACACACACACACACACACACACACACAAACUCCAGGAGUGCUGUGAACAGGGACAGUCAAAGUGGCUGUCAGAAGUACUGAACAACUUCAUCUCAAGGCUGCGUCCCAAUAGUAUAAGACAGCGUCAUCUCCUCAUCUCCUUUCCUCUUCCUCAUCUCCUUUCCUUCAUGAGCUGAUCUGAUUGUACUGGAUAGGUUAAAUAGGUUUGUUUACACAGUUAGAAUGGGCAAAUGUGAAAUAGCACCUCAUGUCCUAUUGCACUAUAUAACAUUGGGUAUUAUUUCUGACACAGCCCUAGUUUAUAAACUUUUACAAGUCAUGGAGGAGACUAGGGGAGGAUAUUAGGAAGGAGAUUAAGGAAAUUAAGCUUUGUAAAAGUAUUGGGACACUGUCAGACAGACAAACACCAUCUCACAUACUAUGCGUCCUUUAUACAAAACUUGAGCUGGAAGAGUAUUUAAGAAAUGGCUUUUUAUAAUAGAAGUAUAUUUGUAAUUUUAUAGAGCUGAUCAUUGUACAUUUAUCAAUAAUACUUGUUUGUGAUAUAUAUUUUUGUAUCUAUAUGUAAAUAAUAAUUGUUUCAGAUUCUAUUGCAUUGGCAUUAAAAAGUUUAUAUGAUGGGUUUUAGGUUGGUCACUCAUUGACUGGAGUUAAGAUGUGUUGAUGCUUUUAAAGAACGUGAAACAAAAAGUGGAUUAACUCUGAAAACUGGAAUCCAACAAAAUGUAUUUAAUACAGCUAAUGUCUAUUGUCUAUAAGAGAUCAUAUUAAAGUUAAAUAUUAUUCUUUUAAAA